AUGACAACGCCUGCCGACCCGUGGCCCAGGCCAUACUACUUGGAGGACGGCCUUCGGAGGGUGGCUCCGUACCAUUUUACCUACACCACCUGGUGCAAAGAACGCUGGCGAGGGAGGCAGCUUAUCGAUAUUUUCGACUCCGAGUUCCGGGACCGCCCACUCGAGUACUACCGGCGUGCCAUGGAAGGUGGGGAAGUGGCAGUGAACGGCAAGACCGUGGGCCCCCACUACGUGCUGAAGAAUGGAGACUGCAUCACUCAUACACUUCACCGACACGAACCUCCGGUCACGGCUGACCCCAUUGGCAUCCUGCAUGAAGACAACGACAUGAUUGUCCUCAAUAAACCCUCGGGCGUACCCGUCCACCCCUCAGGCCGCUACAACUACAACUCAGUGACGGAGAUCAUGAAAUCGGAGCGGGGCCCCUCCUGGCUCGCCUACCCGUGCAACCGUCUCGACAGGCUCACCAGCGGCAUCAUGUUCAUCGCCAAGAACCCCAAGGCGGCUGUAAAGCUGGGCAGCCAGAUCGCUGACCGGACUGUGCGGAAGGAGUACAUUGCCCGUGUGAAGGGCAGGUUUCCAGACGGAGAGGUGGUGUGCAACCAGCCAAUUCUGGCAAUCUCGCCUAAACUUGGCCUGAAUCGCGUCAGGGCCAACGGAAAACACGCCCGCACUGUCUUCCAACGCUUAGCAUAUUACCCGCCCCGCGAGAAGGAAGACGAGCCCACCGCCAAGGGCGAGGCAGACUUGUCUGCAGGGACCCCAAGUGGGGACGGGCGCGCGUGGCAGCAAAAGGAGGGGUACUCCAUCGUCCGGUGCAUGCCGGUUACGGGGCGCACGCAUCAAUUGCGUGUCCACCUCCAAUUCCUGGGCCACCCUAUCCAGAACGACCCAAUUUACGCCAACCAGAAGGUUUGGGGAUUUGAUCUCGGCUGUAACGACGCCGACGCCAGCCUCAACAGCGACGAGGAUAUCAUCAGCCGGCUUUCUCGAAUGGGAAAGGAGGAUGUGGCCUCAGCCGUUGCAUAUUAUGACGAGAUGGUGAAUGAUUACGAGAAGCGUCGGGCCGAGAAGAUGUCUGGGCAGAUUUGUGACAUAUGUCAGACUCCACUGUACACCGAUCCGGGCACUCAUGAACUGUCGCUGUGGCUGCACAGUCUGAGAUACGAAGAUAAGGAUGGCGCCUGGAGGUAUGUGAGCCCCCUGCCCACGUGGGCUCUUCCUCCCGAAGGUUUCAGCGGACCGACAGAGGUUGGGGAUAUGGGGGCCCUGGUGGAAGCAGCUGUCAAGGACGUCAGUCCCGAGGACGAGGAGGCAGAGCAGUGA